CUGUCUCUUUAAAUGGAUUGACGUUCUCUGCUAUUUAUCGCUACGCAUUUGUUGCGUUUGCAGUUACGGGUCUUGUAUGUUGUGUGGUACUGACGUUAAGGAACAUAUGCAUAUUGUUAAUAUACAGAAUACAGUACCGUUCUCAUUAAUAAAAACGUCGACGUGUUAUAUAAAAUGCAGUCAUGUUGUUUGGCAUGGUUGAUACCGAGUGGUUACGUUCAACUGCAUGGCGACAGCAGUAAUUCAGUGGCGCGGAUGAGUGUGAGAUCACGAGGGGGCCGGUACCUUAGCAGGCGAGCCAAUGUGACCAGAGAUUUGGCGUUUUUUCUUUUUGGCGCGUACGUGCGCAGUCAGAAGAACCGAGAGAAACAGAGGGACAUAGAAGCAUUUCUGAAAAAGGGUGAUUAGACAGAGGAAGUGAGGUCCUAUUUUACGGGUGGGAAACAUCUGUUGCUCUGUGGAGACUAAGGUGCAACAGUAUCUUCACUUGCUAUUUUCUCGUUUAAUCUCAGAUUGUUAGCGACCCACCAUCUGCGGCUGUAAGUAAAGGGACCCCCCCCCCCACACACACACACACACCCUCCCCCUCGCAUUUUGUGUUGCUGUCGGCAUCCUGACAGCCAUGGGAAAGAAGACCCAGCAGCACCCGGAUGUGGAGGGAGAGUCCUCGAAUGAGGAAGAAUACGUGGUGGAGAAAGUCCUGGACCGGAGGGUGGUGAAGGGCCGUGUGGAGUACUUCCUCAAGUGGAAAGGCUACUCAGAGAAACACAACAGCUGGGAGCCAGAGAAGAACCUGGAUUGUGCUGAGCUCAUUACAGAGUUCAUGAAGACGUACGUGAAGGCCGGCACUGGAGAAGGCCAGCCGAAGAGCACAGGGCUGUCGGGCGGACAUUCGAAGGAAAGCUCAGCCACCAAGAGGAAGAUCUGCACCGAGGAUGAUGAUGAGCAGGAGAGUUCCGCAACGAAGAAGAAGGAGGACGACGUUCUGAUUGCAAGGGGAUUUGAGAGAGGACUGCAACCAGAGAAGAUCAUUGGUGCGACAGAUUCAUGUGGGGAUUUAAUGUUCCUCAUGAAGUGGAAAGAUUCCGACGAGGCUGACCUCGUGCUGGCCAAAGAGGCCAAUAAGAAAUGCCCGCAGAUUGUCAUCGCCUUCUACGAGGAACGUCUGACGUGGCACGAAGAUGGGGACAAGGAGAAGGGCGGAGUGAGCGUGUGACAGCCACCCGUCACCUGCGGGAGGGGCGUGCAGAGAGGGAUGUUUAUUUUUAAUGUUUGCUAUAUUUCUCUCCAGGUGAUAAUUCACUGGUAUUAAUUUUGUAUUUCAUUUAAUUUUCUUUUGGAGGACUUGCUUCCCCUUCCUGUUUAGCCAAGUCUGUCUUAGUUGGACUUUUUAAAGAGAAUUACUCUCUCCCAGUGUAAGUCAGGUUAUUUUCCCCAAUUCUGUUCUAUGUAAUGCUGUGAAGUAAGCAUCACACUUUUCCACUUUUCUUGAGCAUUUUCAUGUAGUCGCUCUGACUUUAUUCAGUGGAAUAAUUGAGAAUGAAUCAUAUUCCAUUGUGAAAUGAUCUUGUUUAGCCAUAGGUGCUGAAAUGUGGUUUCUUAAACCAAUUAAAGUUUUCAUGUGUUGGGACCUUGUCAGCUCACACAGUAAAACACUUUGAUAUUUAACAUCAUUGAAUGUUCACACGUAAGUUUGUGUGAGUAAGUGAUUAUCACGUUGAGAACAAAGUAACCGGUUGUUUUUAAAGCUCAAAAUUCUUUAAAUGAGGUGAAUUGUUAUUAUAGCCAAAUGAUACAAAUCUCACUAUUUCGUUAACACUUUGGGGGGGGGGGGGGGAUGCGUGUCUAUUUGUAAUGAAAGUCUAUAGUUUUUUCAUGCUAAGGGGCACUGUGAAGUGACGUUUUGUAUAUGACCAGCACAAAGGACUUGUAUGCCAUUUGUGCAGUUUUGACAGUCUAAAGUCAACCAUGAGCAUGUUGUGCUUUCUGGAGCAGAGUGCAGUCCUGAAGGCUUCACAACAUCUCAUUCUCUCAUUCAGACCUUCCUUGGUGCCUGUCGUCUACUCAGUUCCGUAACAUUUUAGCCUCAGUGUUUUUUAUUAUAAUUCUGUAGGAUUUCUAAUACCUUCAGUCAGCUUUAUUCUUUUCCAAUAAACAUUUUUUUUUUUAAUUUAAUAUGAGCAGUUAAGAAUGUACAGUUUUUGAAAUGCUGUAAUAUUGGAAAUCUGACAAGAUCCCUGGUGGGCAAAGUAAUGGUUCGAAAUGGGCUUUAGUUUACCCUCAAAAUACGCUGUUACGGGUCCCUGCGUAGGCAGAGGGGGCCGCAUUUCUUGGUACUUGCUGCUGAGUUUGUCCUAUACAAAGUCAUCUGGAGCCUCGGCCUGUUUCAAGUGUGCAGAGAGCGUCUCCCAUUAAAAGGUGCCACCAUUCAUUCUGAAUUAUUCGUGUGAAGAUCCCUUGCUGUCUGUCAUUUGUAUGUUUCUGUAAUUGUAGUAAACAGACUUUUUAAUGUUGUA